UGUAACAAUACCAACUUAACCUUAACUGGUCAAUUUCAAACGGGGAAUUCACGCAUCACAAUAUUUUAUGAAUUAAAUAAUCAAAUUGAAUAAUUGAAGAUGAUUCAUGGCAUGGAUCUGGAUAAACAGAGCUUCCAAUCACCACAAGAUAUGGGCUUUAAUAAGCUACCAUUUCCUACGGUGCUGUAUUUGCAUUUGCUACCAGAAGCUCACAAUUUUAAAGUUGAACCGGAAUCCAUUAUGACAGAGAUUUCACUUGGAAAGCUUCCUGGCAGCAAUAAUGCAUUAGAUACCGAAACAUAGCACCGAGUCAGUCUACAUCUUCCUCAAGAUGAAUUGCAUUGAGUUAGCACGUAUCAGGAAGUUUUUCAACGUACCUUUGAAGAAAAAAAGUACAAUGUCCAAAAAAACCGUUACAAAAUUGGUCGAGAUACCGACUUGGCUAGAAUUCUGGAGAAAAAAUAGAUCUAACAUGAAGGUGUACGACAUGGCAAAAGUGGAGAAGGUCAGUGAGAAACUAGCCAGUAGAGUUUCUAUGUGGACCGGGGACAUCACACAGCUUGAUAUUGACGCUAUUGUAAAUGCUGCAAAUCGUUCCCUAUGUGGAGGAGGUGGAGUUGACGGGGCGAUUCACAGAGCAGCUGGGCCAGAAUUAACCAAAAAAACUAUCACUCUGGCACCCUGUGGUGUCGGAGAAGCCAAAAUUACUGGUGGCUAUUUACUUCCAGCCAAAUACGUUAUUCACACUGUCGGUCCACAGGGUGAGAAACCAGGCAAACUGAAGGAAUGUUAUGAGAACAGCCUCAAGUUGGCGCAGAAUAAUAAUCUAAGAAGUAUAGCAUUUCCUUGCAUAUCAACGGGUGUCUACCAUUAUCCUGCUAGAGAAGCUGCGGAGGUCGCCCUCAAUACAGUAAAGAAAUUUUUAGAAGAGAAUGGAGAUACAAUCGAUCGCGUUAUUUUCUGCCUAUUUACGUCAUCCGACCAGGAAAUUUACCAGGAAUUGUUACAAAAAUUUUUUGCCAUUGAUUAAGACGAUUAUUAUUCAGAGGUGGUUCAUCAAAGCGAGUUCUUUGCGAGGAUAUAGCUUAGCAUACGUGUUGGAAGAGAUGGUCUUUUUCUCAAAGCUGAAUAAAUGAACAUUUUUAUACUCUU